AUGACUCUGAGCAGUGUUGUCUUCAUCUUUAUUGUUCUCCUUUGUUGUUCUUCCCAAAUUCAGAAUGUGGCCUCUGCUGCUGAUUACCGAGAAGCACUCACAAAAUCUUUGUUGUAUUUUGAGGGUCAACGUUCAGGGAAGUUGCCUCCCAACCAGAGACUCAAGUGGAGAGGAGAUUCGGGACUUCAAGAUGGCCAUGAUGCUGGAAUUAACCUUGUGGGUGGAUACUAUGAUGCUGGAGACAACCUGAAGCUAGGGUUUCCAUUGGCAUUCACCAUAACCAUGCUUUCAUGGAGCACAAUAGAGUUCAAGGACCAACUCUCACAACAAAAUGAGCUGCAAAAUGCACUCAACGCCAUUAAAUGGGGAACAGACUAUUUGAUGAAAGCACACCCUCAACCAGACGUGUUGUAUGGAGAAGUUGGCGACCCUAACACAGAUCAUUCGUGCUGGCAAAGGCCAGAGGACAUGACUACUCCCCGUGGCUCCUUAAGGAUUGACGACCAGCAUCCCGGAUCGGAUCUCGCAGCAGAAACUGCGGCCGCUUUGGCCGCUGCUUCAAUUGCAUUCCGAUCCGUGAAUAAAAAAUAUGCAUCCAGUAUGCUACUUCAUGCAACUCAGUUGUUUGACUUUGCAAAUAAUCAUCAAGGCAUGUAUUCAGAUAGUAUCACACCAGCAAAGCAAAUAUAUUCCAGUAGCGGAUACAAGGACGAAUUACUAUGGGCAGCAGCAUGGCUUCAACGUGCCACCAAAAUGCAGAAGUACCUUGAUUACUUGGGUGGAGCAGGCGACACUGGCGGAGUAAGAACAGUAUUUAGUUGGGAUGACAAGUACGUAGGUGCCCAUGUUCUUGCUGCAAAGCUUGUUUUGGAUGGCGAAGUGGGGGCCUCAGGGAUCUGGGCUCAAUAUAAGUCACAGGCAGAGGAAUACAUAUGCUCAUGUGCGCAGAAAUCAAACCAAAAUACGGAUAAAACAGCAGGGGGUCUCUUAUGGUUUUUGCCAUGGAACAAUAAUCAAUAUGUUGCUACUGCAACAUUUGUAAUGUCUGUUUAUUCCAAUUAUCUGUCUUCAAAAGGUGCUUCCCUUCAGUGCAGUGCUGGCAAUGUUACUCCUGAUGAUCUCACUUCUCUUGUCCGUUCUCAGGUUGACUACAUUUUGGGUUCCAACCCCAAAGGUAUAAGUUACAUGGUGGGAUAUGGGCCAAACUUUCCGCAACAAAUUCACCACAGAGGAGCAUCAAUUGUAUCAAUAAAUAUAAAUCAUAACCCAGUAUCAUGUCAAGGUGGCUUUCAAGAGUGGUUCUACAAAAAUGCACCAAACCCUAAUGUAUUGGAAGGUGCAGUUGUGAGUCCAGAUAGAAAUGAUAACUAUGAAGAUAGUAGGAAUAACUAUCAACUAGCCGAGCCAGCAACUGUUACUCUUGCACCUUUAGUGGGUGUUCUUGCACAUCUAGCUUAAUUUGUAAU